AGAAGAGCAGGGGGAGAGGGAAGUCAAAGAAGAAGAGGAGAACAGGGAAGUGUCUGCUCCAGAUCUAGAGGAAGAGGAGGAAGAAGUAGAUAGUAUCACUGACCCAGGAGAGAGCUCCCAUCCAGGCUCAGACAGCGAUCCCAGUACCACAGCAUCAGGAAACCAUAAACGCAGGCAGAGGAACUCAAGACAGAAACAUCACCACUGCAUGGACUGCUUCACUGGUUUCUAUGAACCAAAGGAGUUGAGAAGGCACACUUGUAGGCCCCACCCCUGUUCAGAUUGCAGAGGCACUUUUAUUUGUCCAAUUCACUUAAAAUCACACCAACAAACUCUCAAAAUAAAGAAAAUGUACCCGUGCGCUCAUUGUGAGAAGAGUUUUCAGACCCCAAGCAGCUUGAAGACGCACCAGCUUAAUCACACGGGAAAGAAGUCGUAUCACUGCUUUCAGUGUGGGAAGAGGUUCUGUCGUGUAGACACCUUAAAGGCUCACAAGAGAAUACACACAGGAGAGAAGCCUUUUCACUGUUCUCAGUGUGGGAAGAGCUUCAGUGAUAUAGGAAAUCGAAAUAAACACCAGAGAAUACACACAGGAGAAAAGACUUACCACUGCUCUGAGUGCGGGAAAAGUUUCAAUCAGUUAUCACAUUUAAAACCACACCAGCUAACUCACACAAGUGAGAAGCCUUUUAACUGCUCUCAGUGUGGAAAGGGUUUCAGUCUGUCAUCAUAUCUGAAGAAGCACCAGGUAAUGCACACAGAAGAGAAACCAUACAGCUGUGAUCAUUGUGGGAAGAGUUUUAAAUUGGAAGGAAUCCUUAAGCGUCAUCAGAGAAUACACAGUGGAGAGAAGACUUACCACUGCUCAGAGUGUGGGAAGUGUUUCAGUUUGUCAUCAUAUCUGAAGAGACACCAGCUAACUCACACAGGAUUAAAGUCACACCACACAGGAAUAAAGUCACAACACUGCUCCCACUGUGGGAAGAGCUUCAGUAAGAAAGCUGACCUAAAGAAACAUCAGAGAAUACACACAGGGGAGAAGCCUUUCCACUGCUCCCAAUGUGGGAAGAGCUUUAAUGAGAAAGGAAAUCUAAAGCAACACCAGAGAAAACACUCAGGAGAGAAGCCUUUCCACUGCUCCCAAUGUGGAAAAAGAUUCAGUUGGGUAAGAGACCUAAAGAAACAUCAGAAAGUACACAAAGAGGAGAAGCCUUUCCACUGCUCCCAAUGUGGGAAGAGCUUCAAUGAGAAAGGAAAUCUAAAGCAACACCAGAGAAGACACUCAGGAGAGAAACCGUACAGCUGUGAUCAGUGUGGGAAUUGUUUUAAAUGGAAACAAAGCCUAAAGGAACAUCAGAAGGCAAAGCACAGUGCAGUGCCAGACCAUGGCCUUAUAAUUGUGUUGCCAAGCUGGGCAUCUACAUCUAAUUAAUAUUUACACUAACCAGGUUUCCAUCUAACCUUUUUAUGUGAGUAAACUUGGCUGUAAGCUUUUCAAAUGUCGACAAAACAAAAUAUGCUUGACAAGGUGGGAUCUUUUUGUGUCUGUAAAAUGUAUUAUGCGAGAAAUGUUGGUGGAAAUGCUUUUAUGUGCUAAUAUUGAUAUAGUAAUCAUCAUAUCAUCAUAUCAGCAAUCAUCAUAUGGGGCGGCAGGUUAGAGCAUUGGGCCAGUAACCGAAAGGUUGCUAGAUCGAAUCCCCUGACA